CACAAAGUGUAACAGUAACUCAGGAUGUGUUGAUUUUAUCACCAUCGGUGGAAAUCAAAGGAUUCAAGAAGUGGAUUCAGAGACACCAGACGUUUUUCUUGUAGUCAUAUUAACAGUGCAAGAAAUCCAGUCCAGAGAAUAUCGGAAAUACCAGUAGAAAAUAUUGUAAACCAAUCUAAAAUAGAAACGUUACAAUGGCAGAUAAAGGAGAUUCAAAAAAGCAGGGAGAUGUACAAAGCAGUGAUGAAGCAAGUAAUCACGUACUUAGACAAAACACACCACAGUCUGGAAUUGCUUGGGACGAGGAUGAAACGGAAAAACUCAGUACAUCGAUCGAAGAGUGAACAUCAGAUCGUUGCAGAAAACUGUCAGACUCCUGAUGCCUCUAUUACGAGCCAUGGGAGUAGCGGCAAUUUCGAUGAUUUUUCGUUCAAGGAUUUUACUUGGCAACAAAAUAAACCAGAAGAGCCCUCCGCAGAAGAAAUCCCGCCAGAAAAAUUAUCUCAAGAGGCGUUCAGGCUCUUACGGACCGCUCAAUCUCUGUUGAACACCCAAGAGCCUGACCUUUGCCAAGUUGAACCUCAAAUAGAAAACGACGUGGAGUUCCUCGCGCAGCUUGCAAGAGAGUUUCCAAAUCCAGAACUCAGACCUCAGCGGGCCACGUCAUUUUCUCUUAGCCCCAAGUUGAUCCUACCUGAAAACGAAGCCAAGCUGUCUGCUGCUUUCAACAGAAAACUCUCCCUGCAGCCUGGAGAUGUAAGAAGGUACUCCAAGAACAUGCACCACAAAGGAACGGACUCUGCUAGAGGAUCAGUGGCGGGCAGCGAUACGGAGGAGAAGGGUAAAGGAGAGAAAAGAACUGCAGGAAGCGUCAGCUCGGUUGAGGAUGAGAGCGGAUUUUCAUCGAUGAACUCCUUCCAAGAAGUUGGGCUUCCAGUUAUCAACUCCACCAUGACAGAUGAGGUAUCUACAAAGAAAGCACUCCUCCGCAGUAUGCUCCAGAACAAUGGUGAAAGCUCACUAACCAUGUUACAAGAGAAUUCAUCCCAAACUGCCAGUUCUACCUUGCUGCCAAAUACACCGUCCAAUGAGAGACACGACUCCAAAAGAUCCUACGAUGACAUCAAACUGUGGCAAAAGCCCUCCUCAAACAGCACUUCAAUGCCUCAACAUAAAAGAUGGUUCUCGUCACCUUCACAAGAUGCUGCUUCCGAUUCACCAACCGUCAAGGUGCUUUGGGUUUAAUUUGUGUAUUUUUGUUUUUUGAGUUUAGGCAGAAAAUGCAUAAGCUUUUUUUGUUGAUCAUAAUUUGGUUGAGUUCACGAGCAAGGUAUUUUUCUGGAGGAGGACUUCAAGUAAUGAUCUUUUUUAUCUACUGAGGUAUCCUAAUUUAUUUGUAGAUAUGUUCACUGAAAUAAAACUGUUGGAAGAUUUUAAUGGUUUGGCGAUACUGGAAGACAAAAAACUGUUUACUCUACGAACCCACACAUCAUGUAAAAUCAGUACUUGCUGAGGUCCAUGGGUUCUUUCAAAACUAUAACACAUUUAUAUAUAAACUAUAUUUUGUGUCUACUUCUGGUAAUGCUCUUUGACAUCGAAAAAACCUUGCUGGUGAAUGUAGAAUAUGUGUACAUGAGAGACUUUCUGAUAGAUUGUUGAUGUUUGGUCUAUAUCAAGAUGUCUAAAUUUUUUUGUAUAUAAUGUUUAAUUUACUAUCGACUUUUCUCUUUACACAAUCAUCUGUCAAAUGAAUUAAUUUUUGGGUAACUAUUUGUAUUUACAAAUCUGUGUUUCUCAGGAAUGCAAUAUCCAAAUCUUGCCCUAGAUGAUUCUUUGGUUAAAAAGAACUGCAAGUGAACAGUAACUACAACUUUGUAAAUAACCCAAAGAUGGCACUCUGCCUAAAAUUAACUACCAGUCAGAAUUAACGUCACAGUUACUCUAUGAUUGAAAAAUCGAAACGUUAGGGAUAACACAUGAUUGUUGGUCUACCUUGUAGUUCAGGAAACGGAAAAUUAAGUACAGUAAAUUUAGUAACCCAUAAAUCAGAAAAUUUGCGAAUUGCAUUCUUGACAACCUAUUAUUGUAUACUUUGUUUACUAGUAUAUUUAUUAUUAAAAUAACCUGCAUGUUCUGAGCUGUAUAUGGCUUAUGUUAAGCAUUAUUAUAAUGUCUAUGAAAAUACACAUGAGCCCUUUGCCCUUGGUGUACCUAUGUGAUAGCGGUACUUUGAAAUUAUUCUUUUAUCCACACAUUUGUCUUUUUUACAGCAUAUUAACUCGGCUAGAUGUCUAUUUUAUAAAUUAUUAUAAAUGAGCUUCAAUAAACCCCUCAAAGAUAAUAUA